AUGGAUCAGUCUCAUGAAUCGCUAUGGAAGCACUUGAACGAGUCACACCCAAUGGAACUAACAGUUUUUCUAGUAAUAAUGCUCAUCGUUUGUUACUAUUGCGGUAAGAAUGAUCACAUGGGAUUACCUCUCGAGCCAAUCCACCAAACUCCUCAACAAGACAUUGAAACCGGACAACAGCUUCCUUUGCCGAAAGUCAUAUUGUUCAAAGAUAUCAAAGUAGAAGAAGAAGGAGGAGGAGGAUGUGGUAAAAGUUCUUGCCCAAUUUGUUUGGAAGAGUACGAUGAUGAUCAUGAGAUUAGGAGAUUAAACAAGUGUGGACAUGUUUUUCAUCGUUUUUGUAUUGAUUCUUGGCUUACAAAUGAUCCUAGACGAACAUGUCCGAAUUGUCGUGGCUCGGUUUGA